AUGAAGAGGAAGAUUAACUCCAACGAUAACGAGAUCGAAAGGGAGCUGAUACGAAGUAACAAGGAGCAACGCAUCACCCCGACUUUCUCCUCCGCCCUCCCGCAAUUCAACUUCACCAAGUUCUGCUACAGACACAACCCGGAAAUACUCUCCUCACCCACACACACAGCAUGCUACAACCAGGAUUUGAAAAGGUUCAAGGAUCUUAAUGAUAACAUUACAAAACUGCCCGCCCAGGAACAGGCUGAAAUCCACCAUAUCAUCUCCAAAUUCAACAAAUCAAAUGACAAAUUGAGAAAAUUAAUACUGGAUGGGAUACUGGCAUCGUCAUGCUUCCCACAAUUAUCAUACAUUUCGUCACAGGUAUCCAACAUGAUAAGGAUCGAUUUCAUUAGCAUCUUACCGCAGGAGUUAUCAUUGAAGAUUUUAUCCUAUUUGGAUUGUCAAUCCCUUUGCAAUGCAACAAAAGUUUGUAGGAAAUGGCAGAUAUUGGCGGAUGAUGAUAGAGUUUGGUAUCAUAUGUGUGAACAGCAUAUUGAUAGAAAAUGUCCAAAUUGUGGGUGGGGGUUGCCCCUCCUGCAUAUGAAGAGAGCCAGAUUUGUUAAAAAUGCAAGUAUUUGUGCUACUAAUAAUACUUGUACAAAGGAUUCUAAUGGGAAAUUAAUGAGACCUUGGAAAGUCAUCUAUAGAGAACGAUUCAAAGUGGAAUCCAAUUGGAGAAAGGGGAAUUGUCAAGUUCAGGAGUUUAAGGGUCACAUGGAUGGUGUCUUAACAUUACAAUUCAAUUAUAGAUUAUUAUUUACUGGAUCUUAUGAUUCUACAGUGGCCAUUUGGGAUUUGUGUUCCAAUAAAUUAAUUAGAAGAUUGUCGGGCCAUACAGAUGGUGUUAAAACUUUAUAUUUUGAUGAAGCUAAAUUGGUAACGGGUUCACUUGAUAAGACUAUUAGAGUUUGGAAUUAUAAAACGGGGGAAUGUAUAUCCACUUAUAGAGGUCAUACGGAUUCAGUCAUGUCCGUGGAUGCAUUCAAGAAGAUUAUCGUCUCGGGAAGUGCAGAUAAGACUGUCAAAAUCUGGCACGUGGAAUCAAGAACAUGCUACACUUUAAGAGGACAUACAGAAUGGGUGAAUUGUGUCAAAUUACAUCCAAAAAGUUUUACUUGCUUCAGUGGGAGUGAUGAUACCACCAUUAGAAUGUGGGAUAUAAGAACAAAUUCAUGUUUGAAAGUAUUUAGAGGUCAUGUUGGACAAGUACAAAAGGUAAUCCCGCUAACCAUCAUUGAUGCUGAAAAUUUAGUAGUAGAUAACAUUUCAGGAAGUAACGAAGGCGAUGAUGAACCGGCAUCCACCACAACACCUACAGCAGCAAUCGCAGCAGAAGCAGCAACAAAUGAUGAGGAAAACCAAACCCUCGACAAGUCCAUACCAUACCCAACGCAUUUACUUUCAUGUUCCCUCGACAAUACUAUCAAAUUAUGGGACGUUCAAACAGGUCAAUGUAUAAGAACUCAAUUUGGCCACGUAGAAGGUGUUUGGGACAUUGCAGCUGAUAAUUUCAGAAUAAUUAGUGGCUCUCAUGAUGGUUCCAUCAAGAUUUGGGAUCUACAAAGUGGGAAAUGCAUGCAUACGUUCCAUGGCAAGAGAUUACAACCACAAGAUGAAGAGGGAUCAACUCACCUCGCCAGCACCAGCAAUGCUACAGGGACCAGCACCAGCACAGCAAACCCGGUUCAAAACAAAGUCUCCCCCAUCGCCUGCGUCAGUAUUGGCGACUCAGAGUUCUUCAGUGGAGACGAGCUGGGUUGUGUCAAGAUGUACAAGUUCGACUGA